AUGUCCUGUCUACUCGUGCGGAGAGUGGCGAUGAACGGGUAUCAGUUUACGGGAACGGCCGUCUCCUUUUUCCGGGCACGUGUUGUUAAAUUGUCUUUUUUAUUCUUACAGAAUGCACAUCACAUAGCAAUUUUUCUGCCUCCUCCUCCUCCUCCUCCUUCUUCUUCUUCUUCUUCUUCUUCUUCUUCUUCUUCUUCGCAUUCUUCGCAUUCUUCGCAUUCUUCUUCUUCUUCUUCUUCUUCGCCUUCUUCUUCGCCUUCUUCUUCUUCUUCUUCUCCUCCUCCUCCCCCUUCUUCUUCUUCUUCUUCGCCUUCUUCUUCUUCUUCGCCUUCUUCUUCUUCUUCGCCUUCGCCUUCACAGACGAAAUCCUAUGAUCCUCAAAUACAACUACAUCUACAAUCCAGCAGGACUUUCUUUACAUAUUUUUUUCGACGAACAAACCCUGUAUUCUCACCUGGAGAGGUCGAUCAACCUGGAUCACAAUGUCGCAGCAACGUCUUAAUCUCUUUUAUGUCUCCCAUGUUCAUCCAUUUACCUGUCAAUCGACUGACUACAGUUGAUGAAAGCAGAAAGGGACAUUCUCUCUCUCUCUCUCUCUCUCUCUCUCUCUCAAUCAUUCUCGUCUUUGGAUUUGUUCGUAGCUGA